UCUUCCCGUGUCAGUCACUGUCACCUAAAACCCCUCAACCACCUGUCGCUUAUUACGACUAACACCCGCAGGAUUAUCCGAACCAUCAUGAUUCUCCUUGAACGUAAAGCCAAAUCUGGUCUGAGACCACGUACUGAUCAGAAAUCAAAAGUAAAUCAUCACUUCGCCCUCUCCCCUUAUUGUUCUUACUGGUCGAAGUCAUCUCGAACUCUGGAUAUAUACUCAUCUCAUCGAUCUGUACAGGAUUCCAUCACUGGCUUCACCUUUGCCAAUUCCCAUAAAACCAUGGCAACAAGCACUGUGUCAUCCACUAAGCGAGGAGCGCCACCGGCACCACAAGUCUCCGUGCAAGUCGAACACAAGCCGAAACGCAAGUCUAAUGUUGUUGUGGAUGAAGAGUACCGGGAGACUGACUCGGCUGCUGAUGAUACUGAUGCGGAUCAUGAGCACUCACCACUCCGUACGGCUCGUCCGAGACGCUCCUCUUCCUCAGCUGCGAGUCUGAACAUUCGCCCUUUCAACUCAAUCCUGUCUUCCCGCGAAUGUGAUAUGCAAUCGGAUAGCGAUGUGCGGUUGGUUAGCUCGAAAACCGGACGUGUCGAGCCUGAGAAGUCUAAGCACAACCAAACCCCUCGCAUCAAGAUGGAGCCCUCUCCCCACGGCCAAGAGAUGCAGAUAAGCCACAAGAAGAAUAAGAAGAAGUCCAAGACCAAGAAGUACGCGCCCGUCAGGCAGGAGUCACAGGAGCUGGCGAUGAGCCUGGAUGAACCUCUGGACCACGCUGCCAAUACUACACCGGUCGUUGCGACGCACCUGGAUGACAACAUCUGGUUCCUUGUCACUGCGACCAGCCAAGAGGGUAUGGCCCCGGUUUGGGUUCGCUUCUUCAACUUCAACUCGACCGCAACGUUCAUCGAAUCUCUGCGGCAUGAAUGUCGCCUGGACGAAUGGAGCCCCUCCCGCCAGCUGAGCCACGACGUGAGCGGCAGCUCCUCAUCCAAGAGGCCUGUUGUGAUCGCCGCCUCCGUCCGAUUUGACUGGACUGACUUUGAAAUCCGGGUCCGUCAGAACCACGAGCAGGAUUGGAUCAUGGUGCAGCAUGAGCUGCAGAAAGCGAUGGAGGGCCGUGCCCAUCUGCUGGAGUCUGGAUCCUUGACUCCGGCUUUCAAGAUCCGGGUCCGGUUGCACGUCGUCGAGGAGGAUCGCCUGGUUGCGUACGGCAAGGGUUACUGAUUCUCUUUUUCGCCGUGUUUCUCAACGCCAUUUGUACUAUUGGUCUGGCAACAAUCACACGUCCAUAUUCUAUGUCUGCAUCUAAUUUGGACAGUACUUGACUGCAAUCCCUGAUUCCUGCUUUUGUUCUCAUUCGU